GGGGGAGAGAUGGAGAGCGAGAGAAAGAGGAGGCGAGAGGACGGCCAGCCCGGGCGUCUGGAGUCCGGGCCCCUGAACGAGUGCUCCUUGCGGGCAGAGGCUGCGUCUACGCCGGGCCAGGAUUACAGCAUCUCCUUCUGAUGAAAAGACCAAGGAAGAAUGGACUAUAGUGACCAAACUUCCCUAGUCCCGUGCGGACAAGAUAAAUACAUUUCCAAGAAUGAACUUCUCCUACACCUGAAGACCUACAACUUGUACUACGAAGGCCAGAAUUUGCAGCUCCGGCACCGAGAGGAGGAAGACGAGUUCAUCGUGGAGGGACUGCUGAACAUUUCCUGGGGGCUGCGCCGGCCCAUCCGUCUGCAGAUGCAGGAUGACCACGAGCGCAUCCGCCCCCCUCCCUCCUCCUCCUCCUGGCACUCUGGCUGUAACUUGGGGGCUCAGGGCACUGUCCUGAAGCCCCUCACCGUGCCCAAUAUCCAGGUGUCAGAUGCGGACGCCAGAGCAGAGAGUGACCAGAUGCCAAGCCCCACAGACUCCAGGGGCCUGAAGCCCCUGCAGGAAGACACCCCCCAGCUGAUGCGCACACGGAGCGAUGUUGGGGUGCGUCGCCGUGGCAAUGUGAGGACACCCAGCGACCAGCGGCGAAUCAGACGCCACAGAUUCUCCAUCAAUGGCCAUUUCUACAACCACAAGACUUCGGUGUUCACACCGGCCUAUGGCUCCGUCACCAACGUCCGCAUCAACAGCACCAUGACGACCCCGCAAGUCCUGAAGCUGCUGCUCAACAAGUUUAAGAUUGAGAAUUCGGCAGAGGAGUUUGCAUUGUACGUUGUGCAUACCAGCGGUGAGAAACAGAAACUGAAGAACACAGAUUACCCCCUGGUUGCCCGAAUCCUGCAGGGCCCAUGUGAACAGGUCUCCAAAGUGUUCCUUAUGGAGAAGGACCAGGUGGAGGAGGUCACUUACGACGUGGCCCAGUACAUAAAGUUCGAGAUGCCAGUCCUUAAAAGCUUCAUUCAGAAGCUCCAAGAGGAAGAAGAUCGGGAAGUAAAGAAGCUAAUGCGCAAGUACACCGUGCUUCGGCUGAUGAUCCGGCAGAGGCUGGAGGAGAUAGCUGAGACCCCCGCCUCAAUCUGAGCCAAGAGAAUGAGGGGAUCCAGACACCACGGGGGCCGCUGUUGAUGAGAAGACCCAUGGGAAGCCAGGAGCUUUCUUACCACCAAAAGGUUUAAACGCAGACCCCUCCAGCUCCUGCCACCACCAUUUGCUAUCUGGAGUAGGACAGAGGAGCCAGCAGACAAUGCCCCAUCCCUGGAUCCCUGUUCUCCUUUCACUCACAAGGACCUGUGGAUUUUGUUGCAGAGAGAACCUGGAAUGUGUGUGUGUAUUGGAUGUGUGUGUGUGCACGGGGCGUGUGGUACUUGCAUUGUGCUUACCUGUUGUUUUUCCCAUGCAAUUAAAUUCCAGCCCACCAGCCCAAGUGCCAUGCUCUGGGCAGCAGAUUCUGUUGACUCACCCACCUUAGGCUGAAGAGAGCAUUUCUCACCUCAAAUGCCAGGGGCAGCCACACUACCUGCCCAGGUUUAGAAGGGGAAAGGGAUGCAACAAACUUAGGUGGGGUCGCCCACCAUUCAGGGUAUCAAAUGUUAGCAGAGAUUCUCCCUGUAGGCCUAGAAGGACCCGUCAGUGUGAGAUCCUUGGAAACUACCAAAGGAACAGCCAUGUACCCUUGGGACAGAUCCGAUGGAAAGAAGACGAUAUAACAUGAGCGGGGUAGAUGCAAUAAUCCCACAGUUUUUUACACUGGAAACUUUGAUCAUUUUAAAUAACAAAGAUGUUCUGUGUGGAUGCCUAUAAAGAAUGGAUUUUUCGUCUGUCCUUGCCACCACGGCCACCUCUUGGACACAAGGAGAGCCUGAGUGUUUCUCUCCGCACACCAAGCUGCCAACUCUGUCUCUUUGGUGCUUCCUUGAGUUGAAGGAAAGGGCUGGUGAAAUAAAGGUGCUGACUGGCUAGCGUGGCCAGGGCCUAGCCUUCCUCUGGGGUGAUAGCCAGGAAGUUUCCAGUUCCUUUCUUAGGCUGGAAGGAAGUGUGGAGGCUCAUUGUAGAAAUGACAAGUGUUGGCAAGCCCAGCCUAUCUUCACACCAGCAAGGGGUCUUCUGGCACGUGGAGCUGGGGCCGUGUUUGAAGUCAAGGCUUUAUUCUUUCCAGCCUCUGGAUUCCUGCAAGUCACCCUCACGUGGCACAUGGAAAUGGACUCCACGAAUGGGGAUUUGCCCAGCUACUGAGUGUUGGGUUCAGGGACACUCUUUGGGUUGCCCUGUGAUCUCUAGACUGGUGGGCGGGAAAGGGCAGGGGCAGGGUCUGUCCCCCAUGGCCUCCAUCAGGGAGACUUCUGGGCAGCUGUGCACCUGGGACAGACAGGAGGGACAGACAGAUGCUUGGAGCAGUGUGCCUGGCUGUGAAGAUCACCCAAACAGGGCAUCUCCGAGCCCUGUGAGGGUGGGGAGACUUCCAUCUCUUCUUUCCUCCAAGGAGAGUGGGCCUUUGCAGCAGAGCCAUCCCUGCCCCAGGCACCCUCCUGCCCUCUGCCCUCCCCUGGGGCCUUCUCCACAGCCUCUGUAGAGGGCUGGCAGCUGUGGUCUCAUUGGUCACUUUCAAAAGGGUGAUGUGACAUAUUGCCACCUCACUUUUGGCCAGGGCUUUCUUACCAGCCUGCCUCCUCCAUGGAGACAGCACCACCUGCCUUGUGGGUGAGGAUCGGAAACCCAGAGAUGCAAUUAUGCCCUCGGUGGGCUUCUGCAACAUGCACAGAAUAGGUAAAAAAAAAAACGGGGGGGGGUGGUGGUGGUGGUGGGGAGUAAGGCUUCCUUUGUUACAUACCGGAAAGAGUAGAUUUGUGAAUGCAAAUAUAAUUCCUGAGCUUUGCAUUUCAGAAAAUUUUCUUGGAAAAUUUCUAUUCCAGAUAUUUUUUCUCUGAGCUUCCAAAGCCUGUGUUGGCUCCCAAAAUUCUCCUUGGGGCACUGGGGGAAGAAUUUCCACAAAGCAAAUUGCUAACUACUAACUUUGAUGAGACUUCUAUUUCUGGGUUGUGAGAAUCACUUUAAUUUGCACUACUAGCACUAGGAUAGUGUUAAAUAUGGAGACCUAAAAUGUCAAGUGUGCCAGAUCACGUUCCGAGAAAGUGUUACUAAAGUAAAUUUGCUUUUUAAAAAUAGGGGAUAGGUGGGUAGAAGUGAGGGAAAAUUUUGUCUUACUCAAUGUAUGUCCGCCUAAGCCAGGCCACUCUUAGCCAUUUUGACCCACCCUGUUUAGACAUCAUCUCUCAAGUCCUUAUAACUGCAUCCGGGAUUUGGAAAGGCUCUUUAAACAACAGUGGGUGAAACAGAGGCACUUUGCCUCGCUGUGGAGCGGGAUUUUCUCACUGGUAUCACAUGCCCAUGCAGCUUUGAACUCCUUGACUGAUUUGCGUGGGUUUAUGCUGUUGUGUGCAAUGAACCUGAAAUCAAAUGAAGAACAAAAGGCCAAUUUAUUGUUGUUAUUUUUCCUGAAUUUUUGAAAAGCAGACCAGCCUCAUCUGGCUUUCUUUUUCCAGAGGCUUAUGUUACAAGGAGAUCAAGUGGAGGAAAAACCUGAGUCCAUCUGGCCGGAAAGGGGGUUGGUUGCCCCUGGCAAUGGUGGGAUUAAGCACAAGUCCGCCUUCCCAGUGAUCAUAUUAGCAGGAAGGUUAUGACUUAAAUGGGGGGAGGAGAGGAACUUGGGAUGGUUUGAAAAGCACAAACUACAAGCUGGACUUGCCCGGGUGUUGGGUGCCGAGUGUGCAUGCAGCGCUCCAAGCCGGACAAACUUGAAAUUUGAGUUGAGCUUGAGGCGAGAGGAUCUCAGGAAAUUAGCUGCCCAUCCAUGAAAAUACGCCAAGACCCAUGGUUGGGGUUUGGAGCUGAGACUUGCUGAUGCUUCAAGGAGAAAUAUUUUCACCCUUCUCUCCUCUCUACUAAAACAAAAAUGAUACUCUGCUAGAUACCUCCAGAUAGAGACAUUUUAUCAUCCAUGUAGAUUGGACUUCGGCAUAUAAUUACAAGAUUCUGUUCUCAGUGCAAAAAUGUCUUGGCAAGAAUUUUUUGCAGAGUUGAGUGGUUAUUUGAGAGUGUCAGGAGGGUGGAAGGAGAAAUGGACCAUAGAAGGGUGAGAACCUAGCUUAGAAAAAGAGAAGCUCUCUUACAAAACAUUUUACCUCAGAGCUCUUAAGCACAGAGACAUGGUACAUCAUCAAUACAUCUCUUGAGAGAAAUUACUCUAUGAACAAGAGAAUUUCAUGUCUCAGAGUGACCAAUGCAUGAUGUGGGGCUGAGAUCGGAGCGUGGAGAGAGCAUCUGGGACAUCCCUGGGUCAGCACCAAGCAUUUUGGAGUCUCUAAAUUGUUUUAAAACCAAGUCUUCCUUGAGUGAGAUGAGAUGAGAAAUCACCUCCUAGAGAGGUAAAAAUAAAAAUGAAGGUGGCUCCCCUUCUUUCAGACAUAACUGAAAGUUUUACCCUGGAGUGCCCUAACUGAAGGCAUGCCUUGUGUUUUAACCAAGCGCGAGAGCCAGACAAGCUGGGAAGGGAAAGCCUUCAGCUACCUUGACCUCCUCCGGCCAACUGGCAGCCCACUGUGGGCAGCCGUGUUUCCUGUGAUGGUUUCUGGUGUGUAAUUGCUAGUGUUUCCUAAGGGUCUCCCCACUUGCUUUAGCUUGGUGAAAUAAUCUCUUUCUAAUCAUAACUUGCCUUUCAGCAAUGGUACAUGACCUGGUUCGAUGUUUGGUUCUGAACUUAUAAACUGAUGCUUUUUGGCCUCUUAACCUAUUUUGACAAGGCCUCGGUGGGGAGCCGUACAUUUUUGUAACAUUUUGAUACGUUUUAAUGCACAUGACUUAGAUCUUUUUGAAAUAAAGCACUUUUCAAAGA